AUGGAGCGGCGGUCGGCGGGCCAGCGGACCUGCGUGUGCGCGGCCCGGAAGCGCGUGGACGCGGAGGUCGUCAGCCUCGGGCCCGGGCGGUACAGCGAGGUGGCUGGAUUGAUGGUCGAUAGCUUCUACCAGACGGACGACAACCGCCUGCUGUCAGGUCCAGCGCGUCGUUUACUGACGGAGCAAGCUGCGGACAUGAAGUCGCGAUUCACGGGGCGGCAAUCGGCUGUCCUCGGAGUGCGCGACGAGACGGGGCUGGUCGCUGCUGCAGGGGUGGUGGCCACGCCGUUCAUCGAUGGGCAAAUGCGACCCUCCCUGGCGGACAUGAAGCGGGCGAGCAUGGCGGACGAUCUGCGGCCGGUGGUGUCGAAUGUGGUUGUGCGCAGCGAUGCGAGGCGAAGAGGCCUCGCCAAGGCCCUGAUGCGGGCCUGCGAGGACGAGGCGCGGGAGUGGGGGUACGACAAGAUCUGGCUCGUCGUACUGGAGAAGAACAGGGGGGCGCGGAAGCUGUACAAGAAGCUCGGGUACCGCAUCGAGAGUCGCGGGGUCGAGGUUCCGAAGUACGAGGUCGUGUCGGGCGGCCUCAACGCCACGCGGUUGAACGGGCUCAUCAUGCGCAAGUCCCUGAAGCCGGGGCUCGCGGGGGCGCUCGAAAACACGGACCCGCUCACGCUGGUGCUCGGCGCGGGGCUCCUCGCGGCGGGCGUCGCCGUGUCCCGAGAUCCGGCGCUCUUGGCGCGCGCAAUGCAGCUAGCGGCGGCAGUGGGCGUGUGA